AUGAGUUGUAAAAAUAUAUCAAAUGUUGUUUUACGAGAUAUUGGUCAAUUGAAAGAACUUGAAUGUUUAAUUUUACUUGAUGGUAAGAAUGUUGACGAUAAUGUUAUUAUUUCAAUUUCUAAUAAUUGCAAUAAACUCAAGCAUUUUGAAUUGUCUUACUGCAAAGAUGCAACUGCCUCUGCUCUGUGUCAAUUAGCAAAGCUUGAAAACCUCGAACGCUUGACUUUAUUAAGUGUAGAAAAUUUUGAUAAUAAUGCCAUCACUCGUAUUGUGAGUAAGUGCAAAAAUAUAAAAUCUUUAAAUUUAUUUACAUGUUACAAAUUAACUGAGAUUGGUCUCCAAAGUAUUGCGAAUCUAGAACAUUUAGAAACCUUGCACUUAUUAUUUCUUGGUACUAUCUCAGAUGCUAUAUUUAACGGAGUUUACAAACUCAAAUCAUUAUUAUCUGUGAAAGCCAUCAAUUUUACUGUUGAAGGUUUAAUAAUGCUGUUGAAAAACUGUCCAAAUCUUGAGGAUUUGACAGCUUUUCCUGCUCCGUUUAAUGUUGAAGUUUUAUCUUGUGCUGUUGAAGAAACAUGUCGUCGUACUAACAAUACAUUACUUACAAUCAAUGCCACGAUAAUAGAACAAUCUCAUGAAAAAUUUAAACAUAUUGCAAGUUUGUCACCUCUGCUAGAAGUUAUAUGUUAA